AUGAGCGGGACCAAUGAUUUUUGGUCCCGGUCCCGGUCUCGGUCCCGGUCCGAAAAGAAAAGUGGUCCCGGUCCCAGUCCCGGUCCCGGUCGAAAAAAAAAAAGUGGUCCCGGUCCCGAUCCUGGUCCCGGUCUGAAAAUAAAUUUUGGUCCCGGUCCCGAUCCAAAAAAGUUUGGUCCCGGUCUCGGUCCCGGUUCUGGUCCCAGUCCCGGUUCUGGUCCCGGUCCCGGUUCUGGUCCCAGUCCAGGUUCUGGUCCCGGUCCCGGUUCUGGUCCCAAUCUCGACGCUGGUCAAUACCAGGAUAAUCAACAACAAAAUGUUCUUGUACCUUAUUCAAAUUAUUAUUCACAAGGUUAUGGUCAAAAUUAUAAUUAUCCAAUAGUUCCAUAUAAUGAUUACAAUAAUAAAUCAAAGAAAAAAAAAACGUCAUGGGAAAAAAGAUCUCGAUUAUUUGGUCAUCAUCAUCGUCAUCAUCAUCAUUCAAAACAACAAAAUCAAGAAUCAGCUGCAUUAAAUUAUGAUCAAAAAACAAGUUCAUCAAAAAAAGGAUCAGCUAAAUCAGCACAAUCUUUAACAUCACCAUCAUCAUCAUCAUCAAGCUCAUCAACUACAAGUGAUGAGACAAUUCGAUGA